UCUGAAAUGGUCAUGAACCCCAAACAAGUCUUCCUCUCGGUGCUCAUAUUUGGGGUAGCGGGACUGCUCCUCUUCAUGUAUUUGCAAGUCUGGAUUGAAGAACAGCACACAGGGAGAGUGGAGAAGAAAAGAGAACAAAAAACAACUUCAGGAUGGGAGCCAGUAAAUUACCUGUAGCCUGUACCCAGAAUCAUGACUAGAGAAAAAAUCCAGGAACAUGUCACCGACCAGAACUCCAAGUUCCAUAUAACUGAGGCUCCCAAGGGAAAAAAGGAAAAUCUUCUGCUCAACUCUGAGAGGCCAACUAGGCUCUUAAGGAAGACCAGCCACCCACAAGGAGAGGAUGGGGCUUUAGGUAAGACCACGGGGCCACCAACAAUUAAGCUGAGUGAAAAACAUGAAGGAAGUAGGACUGUUUUUAAGAAGUUCAACGAAAUGAAGUGGCCGUUGGACAUCCGCCCUUUAAACAAAAGUUUAGUCAAAGACAACAAAUGGAAGGAAACAGAUGUGGCCCAGGAGACACGCAGAUCUUUCCUUCAGGAGUUUUGCAAGAAAUAUGGUGGGGUGAGUCGUCCUCAGUCACAUCUUUUUCAUAUGGUAUCCAGGAUCUACGUGGAAGAUAAACACAAAAUCUUAUAUUGUGAGGUACCCAAGGCUGGCUGCUCCAACUGGAAGAGAAUUCUGAUGGUACUGAGUGGGUUGGCUUCGUCUGCAUACAACAUCUCCCAUGAUGCUGUUCACUAUGGGAAGCAUUUGAAGAAACUAGAUAGUUUCGACUUAAAAGGGAUAUACACUCGUCUGAACACCUACACCAAAGCUGUUUUUGUUCGUGAUCCCAUGGAAAGGUUAGUGUCAGCAUUUAGGGACAAAUUUGAACACCCCAAUAGCUAUUACCAUCCGGUAUUUGGGAAAGCGAUUAUAAAGAAAUAUCGGCCAAAUGCCUGUGAAGAAGCAUUAAAUAAUGGAUCUGGAGUCAAAUUCAAAGAGUUCGUGCACUAUUUGCUGGAUUCCCGCCGUCCCGUAGGAAUGGACAUUCACUGGGAGAAGGUCAGCAAACUAUGCUAUCCGUGUUUGAUCAACUAUGAUUUUGUAGGGAAAUUCGAAACUUUGGAAGAAGAUGCCAAUUACUUUUUACAGCUCGUGGGUGCUCCAAAAGAGCUGAAAUUUCCAAACUUUAAGGAUAGGCACUCUUCUGAUGAAAGAACCAAUGCUCAGGUCGUGAGACAAUAUUUAAAGGAUCUUACUAGAACUGAGAGACAAUUAAUCUAUGACUUUUAUUACCUGGACUAUUUGAUGUUUAAUUAUACGACUCCAUUUUUGUAGUUUGCAUACAUUUUCUAAAACCCUGUAUUUACUCCAUGAUGAUGGCCUCCAAUCAGCUAACUGUAAUUUUCCUACCAUUCUCUGUAAGAGAGAGAAUUUAACUAAGUGCAGUUGUCUCAAUUUAAUGAAGAUUUUUCCCAGAUAGUCUGACACCAAUUGGCACAAAGUUAUAGGAAAAUUACCUUACAGAGACGUGUAAACAACUUGAGUUGCUCUCAAAUGUUUGGGAAAUAGCUGCUUUUGCAUUAUGGAUUAUAUUAUAGAAGCAAUAACCUAGCCAGCUGCUGCAUUAGCUUCAACAGCCUCUUGCAAUGAUAGGAAAAAGGAUCUAAAAUAGCAUGAGUAUAUGUCUACAUCCUGGAAUUUGAUGUCUAAAGUGCAUGGAUGUAUUUUUAGCAGUCUGUGACAUACUACCUGCACACUGGAGAGUUUUCUGACACCCCAGAAAUCUUCCUAUCAACUGUGAUGAUAAAUCAAUUUUGAAAUAAUAUUUUGGACCUAGGCAUUUCA